AUGUGUAUUCUUGAUCAAGACACCAAAGCUCUGGUGACAGAUUCUAAAUCUCGCCGUGGUGGGCGGAAAGGCAGCACUUCCUCCUCAUCUUCCUCCUCUAGUUCUGUGGCUCCGGAUCCACUCAGCUCAAUGUUGUAUGGAACCGACCCACUGUCUCUCUUCGCUGCGGUGUCUGAGACACCAACUCUCCCACACAGCAUCUCUGCUGGGGAGCUGGGACGGAAACGUGAGGAGGAAGUGGGCUCAGACUUUGAGCCGUGGUCAUCUAAACGUGGAGAGAUCCUGUCUAGGUUCACCACCACAGAGAAACUGUCUAUAAAUCUCUUCAUGGGCUCAGACAAGAGUAAAGCAUCCAGUCCCAGCUCAGCGGUGUCAGAGAAGGUGCGCACUCGUCUGGAGGAACUGGAUGACCUGGAGGAGGGCUCCCAGAGGGAGCUCUUGAACCUGUCCCAGCAGGACUAUGUCAACCGCAUUGAAGAGCUCAACCAGUCCCUGAAGGAAGCCUGGGGUUCAGACCAGAAAGUCAAAGCCCUAAAAAUCAUCGUCCAGUGCUCCAAGCUGCUCUCUGAUACGUCAGUAAUUCAGUUCUACCCCAGCAAGUUUGUUCUCAUUACAGAUAUCUUUAGCAGAUAUGUUGAAGCUGCUCUUCUGAAAUGCAACCGCUUCUUGACAAAGUCUGGGAUUCAGGAGAUGCUGCAGAGACUGACAGCGAUGAUCAGAGGAAUAGGAGAUCCACUGGUGGCUGUAUACGCACGUGCGUAUUUAUGCAGGGUGGGGAUGGAGGUGGCUCCGCAUCUGAAGGACAGUCUCAAUAAGAAUUUCUUCGACCUGCUGGCCUCAUUCCGUCAGGUUCAUGGUGAAAGUGUGCAGAAUCAGCUGGUGCUGCAACGGGUGGAGAUUCCCAUCUAUCUGACCCUCUAUUCUCCUGCCAUACACUGGAUCCUGCAGUGUGUGGCAUACAGAGCGCCAGAGGUUCUGCUUACAGAGAUGAUGGACAGAUGCAAGAAGCUGGGCAACAAUGCUCUCUUGCUGAACUCUGUCAUGUGGGCAUUCCGGGCAGAAUUUGUCGCAACGAGAGCAACAGACUUUAUUGGCAUGAUCAAAGACUGUGAUGAAGCUGGAUUUCCCAAGCACCUGUUGUUUGCGUCUCUGGGUCGCAGUCUGUCCGUUGCUGACCCUCCAGAGAGUGAGAGACUCUCCAUACUCAACGAAGCUUGGAAGGUCAUCACUAAAGUGCGCAGUCCAAGGGAUUACAUCAACUGUGCUGAGAUCUGGGUGGAGUUUACCUGCCGUCACUUCACAAAACGGGAGGUGAAUACGGUUCUUGCUGACAUCAUCAAACACAUAACUCCAGACAGAGCUUUUGAGGAUGCAUAUCCACAGCUGCAGUCAGUGAUAAAGAAGAUCCUCACCUACUUCCAUGACUUCUCUGUGCUCUUCUCAAUGGAGAAGUUCUUGCCCUUUCUGGACAUGUUCCAGAAAGACAGUGUGAGGGUGGAGGUGUGUAAAUCCAUCAUGGAGGUCUUCAUCAAACACCAGCAGGAACCAACGAGAGAUCCAGUCAUCCUCAACGCACUGCUGCACGUCUGUAAGACCAUGCAUGACUCUGUCAAUGCUCUAACACUAGAUGAUGAGAAAAGAGCUCUGUCUCUGCUGAUCAAUGGAUUUAUUUGUAUGGUGUCAUUUGGGAGGGACUUUGAGCAGCAGUUGAGUUUCUGUGUGGAAGCCAGGGCAACUUUCUGUAAUCUGGAGCCCGUCAUCAUUCACCUGAUUCAUACAGUGAAUCAGUUAGCCAUGGAGACCAGACAUCACUCACGUAAAACAGCUGCUUUUGUCAGGGCAUGUGCUGCCUAUGGUUUCAUCACCAUUCCGUCCCUCACCAGUAUCUUCAGCCGUCUCAACCUCUAUCUGCUCUCUGGACAGGUAGCACUGGCCAACCAGUGUCUGUCCCAAGCGGAUGCAUUUCUGAAGGCAGCAGUCAGUCUUUUGCCAGAAGUCCCGCGAACCAUCAGCAUUGAGGGUAAACAGCGAUCAUCUGAGCCCUUCCUCCUCGACUUCAUUAACAACUUCCUCUCCACACUGCUCGUAGUGCCGGAUCAUCCGGAGCAGGGUGUGCUGUAUCUGGUGCGAGGGCUGUUGAAUAUGGUGCAGGACUACACCUGGGAGGACAACAGUGACGCUAAGAUCCGCGUCUACAUCAGCGCUUUACCAUUACUAGGAGCAAUGAGCCAAGAAAGCUAUCUUUACACCAUUCCUAAAGUGGAUUCCAACGAAACCCUCUAUGGAGGAGAUCCCAAGUUCAUCGCAGAGAUCAACAAGUUGUGUGAGACUCUGAUCGGUCAGGUUCUGGAUCAUUUAAAGGGGCUGGGCCGAGAUGAGGUGAGAUACUGUGUCUCUAAAAGUAUCUACACCCUUCAGACAUGAUCAUACAUUUUUCAAUGUCUCAAUGCAUUAGACAACAAAAUGUCAAGGUAUAGAAGCUCUUUAAGGUUUUACAAGAUAAAACAAUAAGUAUGGUGUUCAAAAUGAAAGUAUUGUGACACUUUGUGGUUGUCGACAAUGGACAUUAGAGGUCAAACGAUAUUCACCCCCGGGUUUCACAGACAAGGCUUAAGCCUUUAG